AUGGAGCUCAUUAUUUUCCUUGUUUUUUCAUUUGUCAUUCAUGGAGCUCUUGCUAAUAAUGGAGAAAUUGUGUGUGAGGAUUUGUCAGUAGGACUGUGUGCCUACUCAGUUGCUUCGUCAGGGAAGCGUUGCUCUUUGGAGAGUUAUGAAUCAAUUGAGGGAACAAGAGGAUACCAAUGCAAGACCUCAGAGGUGUUAGUGUCCAAUAUUGACAUAACAAAUUUGAUUGAAAGUGAUGAGUGCAUUAGUGCUUGUGGAGCCGAUAGAAACUCUCUUGGCAUUUCUUCUGAUUCACUUCUUGAAUCAACAUUCACUUCUAAGCUUUGUUCUCAACAAUGCAACCAAAAGUGCCCCAACAUUGUUGAUCUUUACUACAAUUUGGCUUUGGGAGAAGGGGUGUAUUUGCCAUCAUUUUGCAAGGGAAGAACUUUGAAUGGACGACGUGAAAUGAGCCAAAUCCAAAGUUCAGGUGUGGCGUGGGGACCGUCAGCUGCCUCGAGCGGAUAUGGUCGACAGUUGAGUGAAGGGCCUGCUGCAAGCGCUGCACUCGCAUUCGAGGCUGAUGCUCCGUGGUGA